AUGUAUUUGACAUUGAUGCAUUUGGCGCUUCUGCCGCUGGGAGUAAUUGGUGUUGCUGCGCAGAAUUCCUCGUACACGCUUCGAGAAGUGGGCGCUCGAAACACAGUUGACUGGCGAAUCUGGCUCGAGAAAAACGGCAACCCCAUCUCCCCAUGGCACGACGUCCCCUUAUACCCGGACAACAAGCCCGGUCCCAUUGUCAACUUUGUAGUUGAAAUCCCGCGCUGGACCGACGGCAAGAUUGAGACGCAGCGCAAUGAGCCGCUCAACCCCCUCUUCCACGACACCAAGAAGAAGAAACCUCGCUUCGUGGCUAGUUUCUGGCCGCACAAGUCGUAUCCCUUCUUGUACGGGUCCAUCCCCCAGACGUGGGAGAACUCCAAUAAAAAGGACAACUAUACAGGUUUUGUGGGAGAUAACGAUCCAGUUGAUUUAUUCGACAUUAGCUCCAUUUCGCCCGGAUACACAGGCGAGGUGAGGCAGGUCAAGAUUCUGGGGGGCCUAGCCAUGAUUGACGAUAACACGACGGACUGGAAGGUCAUUGCCAUUGAUGUUCGCGACCCGCUCGCCAACCUCGUCAACUCCGUCGAAGAAGUCGAUAAAUAUAGACCCGGUCUAACCAAGUCUUUCCACGACUGGUUUGUCUACUACAAAGUCGCCCGCGGUCAGGGCCUGAACACCAUCAUCGGGAACAACUACGUCAACGCGCGGUUCAUGAACGCCAAGCUCGCUGAGAGCCAUGAGCACUGGCGGAACCUCGUUUUGGGCAAGGAGGAGCGCGGGGAGAUUAAUAUCUGGCAGACUACGAACCCGCGCGCGUGCAAGUCGUAUGUGAAGUCGGAGGAGGCGACGGACAGGUUCAAGAUUCCGGCGAAGGCGAAUGUUUUGCCGGCGGCGGGGAGGCCCGCACCGUAUGAUAGGUGGUAUUAUGUUGAUGGGGAUUUUAAGUUGAUUACGGUGCCGGGGGAUGUGGUUGAGGUUGAGUAG